UUAUGAUGUCUCAUUAAAUAUGCAAUGAACUUUACUGCCUACUAGCACAGAGCACUAGCGGGCUGCCUAUGUGCCGUGCGUCGUGCACUGCUGCUGCUGGGGACUGGGGAGCGGUCAGGUGACUCAGGCCAGCGGCCUGCCAGCGCUAGUGUCAGGCAGUGUGUAUGGUACAAAGUCAGACAGUGACUGGGAAAUACCCAGGGCCAGUCCUUAGUGGAAAUGGGUGGGUGAGUGGGUGUCUGUCUAUUUAUAAAGAUUGUUUAUUUGCAUUCAUGCUUUUAAUAUAAGUACAUCAUUAAAUAUAUAACACUGUAUACAUGAUAAAGGAAUGUACAGAGUGGGAUGCAUCUUUAGUACACUAACACGUCUAGUGAAUGAUUAUAUAAAAUGUAGUGCCAUUAUAUUGGGUGGGGGGAGGUCUGAGAACAGAUGAGAUACUACUAUCAGAGUCACUGGGUGGCUGGGGUUUAGCAGAGCAGCAUAAUAAUAAUAAUCAUCACCUAUAGCCGGCUAAUCUCCCCUGUGAGCGGGGUGCUACUGCAGAUAAUUAGAUGAGGCAGAGCAUUAGUGGCCACUGGCCAGUGAGAGGUGUACUUGACCACUGAGUGACUUCCACAUCCAGCAUACAGGUCUGCAGGCACACAGCGACAUGGGGUAGGGCUGUGCACAGAGCAGCCCCUCUACUGCAAGUGGGGGUUUCACAGGGAUGGCCCCAUGUGAGCCCGCGCUCUGUGCAGUAUAUAGUGCAGGAUAGAGUGUGAGAAUUGUGGCUUAACCCGCUCCCUGCCACAGGGCAUGCCCUACACUACUGUGUGCCCCUGCAGGCGGUGGAAGGGUUAAGCUAGAGGGUGGUAGGUCUGGCUGGUUGCGGGGUGGGGAGCGAGCUGUGGGAGGUACCGGCAGAGAGAGGCUGAGCCGUGGGAUAAAGUUUCACUAUAUACCCGCUAUGGCUGCAGAGAGAGGAGGCUGCGGCAGCGGCGGGGUCAUCUGACACUACAGAGCCAGCAGCGGCGCACAGACCCCGGCUGCGCUUUGUCUGCCUCUUCCCGGCGUCCCUGCACAGGCUGCGGCUAGCUGUGGCGUACCCCAGGAGCAGCAGGGAUUUCCUUUUAAUGCGCCUACCUCAUUGAGUAGCCUGAUGUGACCCUGUUCCUGAUCCACGCUGCACUGGAUUCCUACAGACACCGUGCUAAUUUUUACCAGGAUCUGAGGCAAGACUUUGAGCUUUCUCUAAGGCUUUACGUAAAUUUAUCUACUGCUGGAUCUGAUCAUUGAGCCUUGGAUCCACUGCAACUGUUCACUUGCUUUUGGGGGGUGUACCCCCUCACUGGGACUCACACAGAUGGAAAUUCGAAGGGCUUGAGCCAGUCCAGUUGGCUGGGCACCUGGCAAUGACUAGUAACGAUUCUUCCUGCCCACAGUCUGGGCCAGGUCACAUGAAUGGAUACCCUGUUCCCCACUAUGCCUUCUUCUUUCCUCACAUGCUUGGUGGAGUAUCCCCUCCAGGGGCCCUGCCAGGAGUUCAGCAUCAGCUUCCCCUCAGUGGAUAUAGCACACCCUCGCCAGCAACAAUUGAGACCCAGAGCACCAGUUCAGAGGAGAUUGUCCCCAGCCCCCCCUCACCACCACCUCUCCCGAGAAUCUACAAACCCUGUUUCGUGUGUCAAGACAAGAGUUCUGGUUAUCACUAUGGAGUCAGUGCCUGUGAGGGCUGCAAGGGUUUUUUCCGACGCAGCAUCCAGAAAAACAUGGUGUACACAUGUCACCGGGAUAAGAACUGCAUAAUAAACAAAGUGACGCGGAACCGCUGUCAGUACUGCCGGCUGCAGAAGUGCUUCGAGGUUGGCAUGUCCAAAGAAUCUGUUCGAAAUGAUCGCAACAAGAAGAAGAAGGAGCCUCCAAAACCUGAAGUAACGGAGAGCUAUGUGCUAAGCCCGGAAACGGAAAAUCUUAUAGAGAAAGUGCGGAAAGCUCACCAGGAGACCUUUCCUUCACUGUGCCAGCUAGGCAAAUACACUACAAAUUUUAGCUCUGAGCAGCGAGUCUCACUCGACAUUGAUCUCUGGGACAAAUUCAGUGAGCUGUCCACAAAAUGCAUAAUCAAGACGGUGGAAUUUGCCAAACAGUUGCCGGGAUUUACCACUCUAACCAUUGCAGAUCAAAUCACCCUUCUUAAAGCCGCCUGUCUCGAUAUCCUGAUCUUAAGAAUUUGUAUACGCUACACGCCUGACCAGGACACAAUGACUUUCUCAGAUGGGCUCACCCUUAAUCGGACGCAGAUGCACAAUGCAGGUUUUGGGCCCCUCACAGAUCUGGUCUUUGCCUUCGCCAACCAACUGCUACCGCUAGAGAUGGACGAUGCUGAGACUGGUCUCCUGAGCGCCAUUUGUCUCAUCUCUGGAGAUCGACAGGACUUGGAACAGCCAGAUAAGGUUGACAAGCUACAGGAGCCACUUCUUGAAGCGCUGAAGAUCUACGUCAGGAGAAGACGGCCCAAAAAACCACACAUGUUCCCCAAAAUGCUGAUGAAGAUCACAGAUCUGCGAAGCAUCAGUGCCAAGGGUGCUGAACGUGUGAUCACUCUGAAAAUGGAAAUCCCGGGGUCCAUGCCUCCUCUCAUCCAAGAGAUGUUGGAGAACUCUGAAGGCCUGGACACAUUGGGAGCAGCAUCCCCUAGCCUGCUGCCUCCUACACCUGUACCCCCACGGAGCUGCAGUCCUAGUCUUUCCCCCAGCUCCACUCACAGCAGCCCUUCAACACAUUCACCCUGACCCUCCACCAGGCAACAGCAGGGUAUGGCAGAAAGGCACAGAGACUCCGCAGCUCAUGCACAGACUUCUCUGCUACUCUCACUCCUCCUCUUCUCUCAGACCAUCACUUUCUCUCCUAAUUCACUUUCUCCUCUACUGGAUUACCUUCACUGUACCCUACUUUACCUGUCUUCUGAUUCUCUUUUUUUACCUCAACAGCGAAGCUUCACUGUGCUGUAUUUUGUCUUGGAACAUUGAUGAGGGGGCGAGUUGGGGAGGAGAUAGCUGCAAAUCUCACAGUGACGUGUAGCCCUCAUUUCCUUACAAUUCAACCUUGUGCCUCUGGACAUUUCUCUUCUCACACCCACUGGAUUGAGAACAGACUCAAAAAGACUAUGAUUGAGCAGAAUCUCGCACUGUGUUCGUGUGAACGGGGGGGGCCGGCUUAAGGGACAUGCUCAGACCGGAAAGAGGUGACUAUUUUCAAGCCACUUCAUGGGGAGGAAAUAUGCUGGUUCAUUAACUCCAGUCACUGCCAUUUUUGCACCCCCAAAGCACUCUGCUUUUAAAAUGGAUAUAGCUGUGUUAACAGCAAUUUACAAAACGUUACAUAGGAUAAUGUUGGUGCAGCUUGAGGUAAUGUAACUGGAAAUGUAAAAUUACACGUUUUAGGAUCUUCUAUAAAUUGGUGCAAAAAGGAGAAAAAAAAGUUAAAUAUAUAUAUUUUUGCUAAGUGUUUCUCCCGAUUUUAUUCCACCCAGGAACCUUUUAAAAUAUUUUAAAGCUUAAUUGUAUGAAUCUAGGAUGAAGAAAAAUGCUUGCUGGGAUUGGUGGCUGGAAAGCAGAAAUCCUAGCAGAAGGCAUAAAAAUCUGAUAAGAAUGCAACAUACUUUCAAAAAGAAAAAAGAAAAAGUGUUUAAUGGCAGAGUGCUUUCUGCUGGGUGAUUUAUGGAAGUGCAACGGCUGGUUGGUCGCUACUAGUCUAUUGAUCAGAUAGGGAGACUGAACAGCAAUUAAUUGGCUAUCCCUAUGACAUUGGUAAUUUGCUGAUUUACUGGGGAUUAAGCCAUACUCCUAGUUAUGUACCAGCUGCACAGUAUCACUGGUCUCCCCAAUUUCUUUUAACCACUAAACCGCUGCAAUCUCCUUUACCCCCCACCUCUUAGCCCACAGAACUUGCCAUUUUUACACUUCUACGCACCAGCAGAAAAACAAAACAAGUUUUAAUUUUAAGAGUGGGGGGUGGGGUGUUUCCCCCCCCCCCCCCCCCCCCCCAAAGUUAAAAAAAAGAAAAAAGGAAAAAAAAAAGAGAUGUGAAAGUUUUUUUAUGUGAAAGAAAAAGUUUUUGUUUUUUUUGUUUUGUUUUACUUUGAAGGUUUUUUCCUCGAGUUUUCUGUCUAACUUCUGCACAAACGUUUAUCUUUAUAUUAAAACAAACUUGUUUGUUUGA